AUGACUCGCUGUCCACGAUCAAAAGGUUCGUUUGCCACGGUCACAGGAGUCGGAUACGCUGUACGGAACGGGUGCGUUGUCCCCGAAGAUGCAUCGUUUUGCAUUAGCCCUGGGGAAUCUAAUCCUGAACCGGAACGACAUUGGAACAAGCCUUUCUUUCCACCGACGGUCUUUCAUGAUUCAUGGUGGAAUAUGCUACUGGACUAUUUCUCCCUCAAAACGACCAUUAAACAUGAGAAGAACGACAUUUCUCAGUGUCUCUAUGAUAUUGUUUCUGAACCUCCGCAGGGUGAAUAUUGCUCUGUCAUUAUCGGACAGCAAGGCUUCACAAGACUUUGGCGGGAAAACUCUCCCCUGCCAAUAAGAUAUGAAUAUGCAGGAGCAAACCCAGAUACGCUAUCUAUGAUACAUGUCAAGGACAUGAAAACCUUCAAGACCGAAACGGGACCCUUGCCUUUUGAAGCUGACGCAAACAGCUUCACCCGGCUACCCACCGAAUUCUCCAUCUCUAUGCAAUUUCAGACUGUCUCCAAGGGCUAUCGCGAGCCUGAUUCACUCCUAUAA